AUGACUCCUGUUCGAUCCUUUGCAGAUACGGAGUACACCACAUUUGUCGAUGAAAUCAGAGAAGACGUAUCUGGUGAGCAUCGUUCCCUCGACAUCAUCGAAGACGUGGCUGAUGUUAACGACGCCGUACAAUUCCUUUUUCCACCUCACAUUCUCCUCAAACUGCAAGAGUUCGACAAUUUCAAUGAUGUCGUUCUGGAUGCUUUGCCGGGAGAUUUCGGUGAGAAUCUCAUUAUGUUCGUUCUCUCCCUCAGCUGUCAUGCAUGUUCAGAUGUUUUAAAAGAGGCUGAUCAAGCUCCUCCAGAUGCUCCUGAGCAAACACCUGAUUACCUUGCAAUGCUAACACACCCCAAUACACCUCCGCAUCGCCUCGACCUCAAAGUAAAUGUGAUAUGCGCAGUGCAAUGCAACAUGUCGGUGGACAAAGGAUUGGUACGGAAUGCGCGUGUCCAAAUCACUGCGCUGCACAACCACUUUGUCAAAGUGCAAAUUCCAGCGAUGGGCGAAAUUCACUGUCUGCCUCGCAUCACUUUCUCAUUCAAUCCUGCUCGAUCGAGUUGGACUGUGAAUCGGAAACAAUUUCCACUCCGUCCUGCAUACGCAACCACUUUCAAUGGGUCACAAGGUCUGACGCUGCAACGCGCUGUUGUCGAUGUACGGACUGAUGGCUUUGCACACGGUCAAUUAUACAUGGCACUGUCGAGAGUACGACAUCGACAGGAUAUUCAGACAUUGUGGUCAGAGGCAGAUGAGGAGAGAGAGACUGAGAAUGUUGUUUAUGCUUCGUUACUAUUGUAG